UUGCAUGUAAUAUGACUUCUAUUUCCAACUUUCCAAGUUUCUGAAGCGAGCUUGCGCGGAAAAUUUGCAAGCCGCAUUGUGAUUUGUGAAUGUGAUUUUGCGAGUAAAAAAGUACCUACCCAAACGUAACGAUUAUCAUAACUCGGUUGUUGACCUUACUUCUGUCAAACGCGGAAAUUGUCCAAAAAGGGACAGUUUUAUUUUAUAAAUAAGUAAAGUGAUAUAAAACCAGUUCAAACCUUUCACGUUGAGAGAAAUGUGAUAAAAGUAUUCUUUCACGUGCCGUGCGAGUGUAAAUCACAGUUGUUAUUAUUAAUUUAUGGGCGUACAAUUGAUAUAGUGUGAUUGUAUAUAAAAUGGAUAGCAAGGAGGAAUAUCAUGAUCCCGAUUAUCCGGAAGCGCCGGUUUGUGUAAAAGAAGAACCGCCAAAGAUAAACGAGGAAGAGAAAAUAGAUAGAAUCAAGAAAAUCAUUCACCGUGAAUUCGCUAAUGAAGUUGAAGCCAGGGAAAACGAAGUUAUGCUAAUAGAUCAAAGGAUGACCACAGCACGCAGGUAUCUACAUCAGCUGAGGUAUACCCUCGUCAAUAAUUACUAUAAGGAUCAGAAGCUACAAUUGACGGCAAGUCAAAUAAACGACGAUAUUGCCGCUCAAGCCGAACCGAGAGCUAAAACUGAGGUAGCUCAACUACUCCGCGAUGGUCAACGCAGACUGCAUCCGUCCGUUCGUAAGUUACUCGGAAAGAAAACGGCCGAUUUGGAUGAGAUUUUCAAAUUUAGAGGGCCCAGAAAUAAAACAAGGAAGGAUUAUUCGGCAAUGUUACAAACAAGGAACUACACAAUAUCAGCCGAUUCGACGAAAACCCUCAGACCGGAAGUGCCUGAAGAUCAAAAGGAACCGCAAGAGAUUAUACCGGAAACGUCAAACAGACCGAAGAAGAUACCGCGGCAUAUUGAGCCGAAAGUUGAAAAUGUGUUGACGUUAGAUGAAAUCACAAGGAAUAAAAUGAAACAUCGAUACAGGAUUAUUAUAGGCAACACAUCGAAAUACGUCCCGCCCGCGUCUCGCCUGGACCGGUCCACGCACAAGUGGCUGCUGUACGUGCGAGGACCGCACGCGAGCCCGGACCUGUCCGCGGUCGUGACGGCCGUGACCGCGCGGCUGCACCACUCGUACGCGCCGCACCAUGUCGUGCAUUUGAGAAAACCGCCGUUCCACAUAUCGCGUCGCGGCUGGGGAGAAUUCCCCGUUUCCCUCGAGUUGCAUUUCCCCCGACCGGACGUGAACCGGCCCGCUGUACUAACGCACACGAUAGCGCUCGACCGCCACUACACCGGUCUGCAGACGCUUGGCGCUGAAACAGUAGUAGACGUGUGGCUAUACAGCACACCGGAGAUGUUAAAAUACGAGUACAAAGACGACGACACGACACACACACUAUCGUCAGACAACACAGAGGACACAGAACACACAGACGAUAGGAGCACAGAUAAUACUGAAGUACAGAUAAAACAAGAACCCACCGAAAGUACAGAUAAUCAUAUCAACGAAAAUGACAGUUGGCUAGAUUUCUUCGCGAAUCAAACGGCAGUCAGCGUAGACGACAUGCUAGUGAAGAAUAUUAAAAAGGAAUCACCGGAGUCUCCUGUUAAAAAUGACGUCACAGAGAACCAAAUAGCCGACGAAAUACCGAGCAGUAUAGAACAGCCGUGGAAGAAAAGAAUAAUGAAAUACAUGGACCCGACCACAGGAAAAAUAUAUUACCUAGAAAUGGAUAGGAAACUCGAUUUGAGUAAAGUGCAAGAAAUAGUAAUCAAUUCGAAGGGCAACGUGCAAACGGCCAAAAUAAGUCCCGUCAAAAAUGGUGUGAAGAAAAUUAAAAAAGGUGUUUCAUUACUGAAACCAGAAGUUAAAAGUCUGCUCAACGAACAGAGGAUUGAAAGAAAUAGACUGCCGAGUCAUAUAGAAAACGAUCAUUGUUAUUUGGGCUUUAAUUUCUAUGACUCUAUAGAAAAAGAGACGAAAUUAGAUGAGUUUAAAAAGAUAGUGGAACGAUUGACAAGUGUGCGGCAAGUGGUUAAGUAUUUGUUAAAGAAAAUACCGCUGGUUAGUGAGGAGGCGAAGAAAAGUGAUUUUGUCAAGUGUUUUCCGUUUGUUGUUGAGAAUGAAGAACGGUAUUGGAAGUUGGAUUUUGCUAAACGGAGAAAUAUUGAGUGGUCAAGAGCGAAACUAAUCAACAAGUUGCUGACGGAAAACUUCAAAUCGAACACAGAAAAAAUAUGGCGAACGAAACAGAUUCUUGUAUACUCUAGACUACACGGCUACUACCCGAUACGGCCGGAAAGCGUUCACACACAACCAGACAGACAAACAGACGAAUGGUCAUCAUGGAACGAUAUGGAAAACACUAGAAGCCUCGAGUCAAACAUCAAAGAAGUCUACCCGAACGCGAGUGACAUCUCGAGCCUGUCAAUAUUCGACAUUGACAGAUACAAAGUGACAGACUCGGUGGUCCUGUCAGAUUCUGACGAAGAUAUCGACGUGGUGUGCGAUAGGAAAAGUGUAGUGCGUAAAAAGUGCGAUAGUGCGGUGGAUUUGAAUGUUUUACCGGUGGCUAGUGAUGACGAGAGACAUAGGUUCGUGUUUGUUGAGCGGAAGUGUGCUGAUAUAGGGAUUGAGUUGCGGAACGAGGAUGUGGGCAACGGAUAUUCGUAUAGCGCAGUGCACGCAGUACUAUUAUCAGCGAUGCGCAGUUUUGCGGAAGAACUCAUUAGGGACUCGCUGGCUGUGAAAUUAAUGGAGGGAGCCUCGGCACACCAUCCGCCGCCUACGUGGAGCGGUUCAUCAUCCCGUAUCCCAGUGCACCUGCAGCACGUGUUCCGAGCGGCCCAGACGCACGCGCACAUGUCGAACAGCGGGCUGGCGACCAACAGAGUGGACGCGCACUCUAUAUAAUAUACAGUUUUGAUA